UGCGAGACAACACUACCACAGACAAAAAAUAAUAUGUUCCCUUUGCAACAGGAUGAAAGUAAUUAUCUAGCUCUCCAUUUGUCUGCAGAAUACUUCAUGCUUGGUAAAAACACUUGUUUAAACUUAAGGAAUAAAGAACCAAAUUAAAGCCAUGUAGCUGCAGGAGCCAGUAACCACGGCACAACUUAAAGACUGUGUUUACCUCUCAGGGGAAAUUAAACAAGGGACGCAGUAUGCUCUGAUUUGACAGACCUCAGUCUGCACGAUGAUGAAGAAGGGAGAAAAAAAAAGGAGGGAGGGGAGGGAAAGAUUUUGAUCACAUGGCCACGAAGUCAUUCUGAAAGUAUGCUGGCAGGGUAUCGCCCAUAGAAAUAUAAAAAGUCCUUCACAGUGAGUGGCCGUGUCCAUGCAAAGAGCAUCACUUUCAGAGAUUUAAGUCAAUCACCAGCGUCAGGCUGGUGGAUACUAAACAGAAGACGAGCGAGUGACGAAAGCAAACAUGUCUAAUCGAAGCGUGGACAUGGUGGGGAGCACCACAUCUCCAUAUUCCAACAAUUUCACUGUUGUGGACAGUAUCACCUCCAUCAUUGCUACCUCCACUUCAGCAACCUACUCUCCUACUGAACAAAUUGCAGCCAAUGACAUAACCUCCCGGGCAAACUCUGUCUACAGUUUCUUGGCGGGGCUGGGCUUCAUCGCAGGCUGCUUCCUGCUCUACAGCUUCAUCCAGACCUACAGAGCCCAGAGACGGCUGGCCUGGCUCGACUGCUUGCUCUGGGGCUUUUGUGGCCUCCAGAUGCUGCUUCUGCUUCUCUCUCUCCACGCUGUGACAUACAGACCAAAAUACCUGUAUACCACAGGCUUGGGCUGUGCUGCUCUCUCCUUUACCAUCAACACAGCCUCUCUGAGUGGCCUGCUGGUCUUAGUGCUCAUGGCUUAUGUCCUAACCCUGGAUCCUCCAUCCCACGCCCUGCUGAGGAAGCCGUGGGUCUGUGCGGCUCUGGUGAUCCUGACUUCUAUCCUGAUUUCUCUCCUGCUGGCUGGACUUCGUGGACCCAAAGAUGGUCUGAAUGAAAAUGCCACGUGUUUUAUGGAUCCAAUUCGUGAUGGUGAGUCGUAUGCAGCGGCUAGGUUGUGCCUGGCUUUUUUGAUUCCCUACAUCCUUCAACUGGGACUUCUAAUAGGUGGCUGCGUCCGGCAGUGGAAAUCAAAAGGGCGUUUCCUCUCCGGCUCCGAGGAAGGUCCUGUGUUCCUGACGGUCACCGUGGUCAUAUUUUUCUGCCAGCUCUUCUACAGCGUGGCGCUGGUGAGAGGAGCACAACUAAAACGACUAGCACAACAAGAGAAGGAGGAGCUGAGCCAUCGUGAGCAGGCGUUUCUGAGCGUGGCUGAGUUUGUACUGUUCUCAGGGAGCAGCGUCAGCCUCCUGCUAGUGCUGCUCAUGCACAGGCCGUGUCGAGAGACUCUCCACGGAGUGUUUAGGCAGCUGAGGGACACCUGUCGAAGCCCCGGACGCACACAGCCCAACAGAAACAUUAUCGCUCCCCACAUCGAGAUCACAGACACCCUGCAGGACAUAGAGUCAUAGAGGAC